GGAAAAUGUUUUCGACAGUGCUGUACUCAAGAAAACUGACUACAGGAAACUGCCUUCUGUUAGGGAAGUUUUAGAAGAUGGGGAGCUGGCACAGAUGAUGUUUGGAACGCCUUCAAAGUCGAAUGGUGCGCCGCCUCGUGGAAAAAGGGGAGGGGAGGUCGAGAAAAAAGCGAGGACUAGUCUUAGUGCAACUACAUCUUUUAGUCGAAGAGAAACGGAAAUAAAGGCGUCGAGCAGUAGUUCUACCUCUAGCAAGGGAGAACAAAGGGAGAAGCAGAAUACGAGCAGCACUACGCUUGGCGAAGAAAAUGAAAAGCAGAAUACGAGUAGUCCUCCGACCUGGGGUAAAGAGGAAGAGAAGCGGGUGGCUCGGCAAUACCUAGAACUACCUGGUGACGACCUGCUUCCACAGAGCAGUAGUUCUACUACCUCUAGCAAAGGAGAACAAAAACAGACUACGAGUAGUUCUACCUCCUCCAGCCAAGAAGAACAGAAGGCGAGCAGUCCGCCGGCGACCUGGAGUAAAAAUGAACAAGAUACGAUGAAUAAAAACGCACCUCCGGCCAGAUGGUGUUACAAGGGAUCCCUCUCACCAGCGCCAGACUUUGGAAUACUAUUAGAAAGCCUUCCUUCACCAGGUGGAGUUUUGGGACACGAAGAAAAGCAGGU